AUGCCUCCGUCUAAGUAUUUGUUAACUCCGCCGGAUGAUUUGCAUCCAUUAACAGAUUCUGAACAGCCAAUCUACCCAGAUUUUGAUCCAUGGGUACAUACUCGGGAGGAGGAUAAAGUGCUCAAUGAAUUUGUGGCAAAGGGUUACUAUACUGCUUCAAAGGUCAACUUUGAAACAAUAUCUGCGCGAUCUGCGUUGCAAGGGUCUCUUCCUAAAAUAUCGUCACUACUAGGAGAAGAACUCUCGAAAAUAAUCCAGAUCAGAGAAGAAGAAAUCAAUAAGAUAGGGACUUUCGACUCAGAUGAAAGUGCGCGUUUUACGAAAUGGGCUGGACAGGAUUAUCAUUUGCCCAAUAGGGUUACGCUCACCGAUCAAAAGAGGAACCUAUGGCUUCAAGAGUUGAGCUCUUCAAGCUCUUCGUUACAGAGUCUUACCAAAUCUGUGCCUCAUGGAUUUAGGAAAAGAUACAUAUUAGAGCAAUGUUAUAUUCAGUUUGUUCCAAUAUAUCGAUUUAUAUGGCUGAUAAAGAGUUGUUAUGCCAUUGAAUGGAAGGGAAUGGUUUCAAAGGCAAAAGGUGAAAUUAGUUCUGACGAAUUGCUAAGGACGUUGUAUAAAGAUUGGACUGAUAGCAUGGUAGUCGUUUUAGAGAAGCUUGUUUUCGAAGUCACUAAAUAUUACAAUGACCCCUCUCAAUUAAAGCUGUGGAAGUUAAGAAUUGCUCAUUAUUUAAAGAUGCUUGGCAGUUGUUACGAAAGAGAGUUAUUGAACAAAAAUGCCAUGCACCAAUGGAUAGUUGAUUUCGUGAGUAAAGUGGAGAGCUUUGAAUUUUAUCCAAUGGCUUUACACAUCCUUUCGAUCUUUUGGAAUGGAAUACUUGGUACAACAGAAGAAGACGCGGAAACAGAGUCGUCUUUCUUGGUGAUAAAAUUAUCAGAAAUUCUUUUAAGGAAAUAUCACAUUGUGUCUGAAUCAAAGUGCAUGAUAAAUGACUCGAAGUAUAUUAUCAACGAUAUCCAAAGGAAUUCAAGGCUGAAGGAGUCUGUAUUACAAAGGUUGAAACAAUUCAUUGCUCACAUUUUCCACACCCAAUCUUUGGAGGCUUUCAUUAUGCCAAAGCAAAAUUGGAAUAUCUAUAAGAACUACUUAUACCAUAUCCUACUACAAAAUGUACCUGAAAGAGACGCACAGAAAUUGAAAAAGAAGUUAAAACUAAUUUCAUACAGAAACGAAUCUUUACGACUGGGGUCCCUCGAUAUGGAACCUUCCAGAGAAUCUUCUCCUUAUAACUCGGAACUUGCGUUGGAAGAUGUCUUCUCUGGCAGUAUACUCAAUUUGAAAAAUGUAAAUCCUGAGCUUCUUUCUAUGCUGGAUAGUGGAUUGUCUGGGUCUGAAUGGGGAGUAUUCGUUGAUCAAAAAAUAACUCGAAUGGAGCAGGUUAUAGAGAUUAUAUUAUGGUCUAUCAAUCCAUCUAAAAAACAUCGCUAUGAUAGUUGUCACUUAGUUGCAAAGAUUUUAGUUUUGAAAAUGAAUUCUCAGGAAUCCUUUCAAGAGUAUGGUAUUGAAGACGUAAUAUGGAGCCUUAUUUUCCAUUUUUCUAAGUUAUCAAAAUUGGAAUUGCGGAAAACAGUUUGGCUUCCAAAAUUGCAUCAACUUCUCAAUGUGUUUAUCGGCUAUGGUAUAAUAAAAGUUCCAACGUAUAUUAGAAGAUUGAUUAGUUCGGGUGUCUUGUAUCUUCCUGAGUCCGAAAAUAAAAACUUCCAUUGUAAAUUGUUGAUUAAUUUAAAGAUAUCGCCAGUCAUGAAGUCUCAGUAUAACAUGGUUUUAAAAAAUGUUUCAGAGUAUGCACCUCAUUUUUAUCAACAGUACAAUUUCGACGAAUUAGUCUCUGUUUUUGAAAGUUUAAAGGUUAAAUUACUCAAUGGAGAUUUUGAAGGCCUUGAAAAGUAUCCUGGAAGCAUACGAAUUAUGUGUUCGGAAUGGUAUUUAUCACAAAUCUGCUUUAACCAGGGAGAAAUGCAAAAAAUUGAUAAGAAAAAGAUUAUUGAUACAUUCAAUCUCUUCUGCAAUACAUUGGGUGAGCUCCAUCAUUUCUUUGGAUGGGCUGAAUAUAUUGUGUAUCAUCAGCUCAUAGAUGAUCUUGAAAUACUUGAGGUGUUUACGGAUAUUUUAUUGUAUUUGGACAAAGCAUUUUUACUUUUGAUAAACGAUCCAAUUCUUUUCAUGAAGACUCUUUUACACAGCUAUACAAGGGAUCUCAAAAACAAAGAUAAAGCUGCAUUUGAGCUGCUCAGCUACAAAAAUUUCUGGAAAUUUUUUGUGAAGAAUUGCUCCAAUAUUAUUGAAAUGGAUUCAGCUCUUCAAUCUUUAAUUGCUGAGGUCUUUGAAAUAGAGAGGACUAAAAAAGAAAAAUUCAUGAAAACACCAAGUGAAUCUCUUGCAGUAUUUUUAGAAUUGACAGGAAACAAGCAUACCAAACUCGAAGACCAAAACUUUCCAAGUGUUAUUCAACAAAAUAUCAAGAAGUUGUUGCACAAUCCUGAGGAUGAAUCAACCAGUAGAAAAAUCCUUUUAUUAUGCAAAGCUUCCAACUCUACUGAAUAUAACAAGUUCUUAUCGAUUUUUGUUAAACGUGGAGAUUUUACAGCAGAUGAAUUAGUCAAGCUAAUCUCUCUCAGACUCCUAAGUUUUGAAGUAAUACAAAAGACUUCUCACGAUGACAUAUUAUGCGAACUAGUGUCUGAAAACAACUUCACAUAUGGAUUAAAUUUUGAAAAUGAGAAGAAUGCGUUCAUCAGAAGAAACUUCAAAUAUGUAUGUCUUCAACUUUUCCCAAAUCCUCAAUACAGACAAACGUUAGUAAAGUUGUUAGUUGAAUAUGGCCCAAAUUCAAGUUUCACAGAAAAAUCUGCAUCGGUAGUUAGCCAUAUUCUCAUGGAAGAGAACAAUAUGUCUAUCAUAAGAGAAAUAUUACUUUAUGGGAUGAAUAUUCAAAAUGAUCCAACGGACAAUGUUAUGGACCUUUAUCAAUAUCUAAACUUCACAAACACUUGGCUAUUCCAAAUAUUAACGGAGUUCAAUGUCAAUCAUUCGGAAUCUGAAAGCUUGUCCUCAUUUUUCUCAAAUAUUGUUAAAACAAUUGGUUGUAAUUCUUUAUUGCCAAAGAUAUUCAGUAAUAUCUCAGAUAGUUCAUCGGUCUUUACUAUGUUGACAGUUAUCGAAGGACAAUUCCUAUCAAAGGUAUUGGAUACCGAUAAAUCUUCUAUGACAUUUUUACAAAUCAUGAUGGACACAGAAAUUGUCCUUAGUAGGCAACAUAUUAACGUUAUGACCUUAGAGAUGGACUCUUCUGUUUUAGAAUUGUUCAAAGAAAGGAUUUCGCAAUUUGCAAAAAUGUCAAGUGAUGAACUCAAACAAUAUGAUGAAAAUUUAAAUGAACUAUUGAAAAUGGUUAUAACCCAUGAAAAGUUUAUUUUAAGGCAUUGUUUUGAGAGUGUUAAAUUACGGGACACCUCGAUGAUCGAGAACUUUUACAUUUUAUUCCAAAAGACAAGUAAAGAUUUGAAGUUGAAACUACUUCUUUAUGACCUUUUGACUUCCCUAAAAUCGUAUAUUCUGGAUGGUAUGAAAGAACAGUCAUCUGCAAAUAUCAAGAUGCCAGCUGUCUUGACAAAUUUACCAAAGUUUGCAAUUUCGUCAUUCUUAGGGUCGGAAAACUCAGACGAAGACUUUGUUGAAAGAGAUCAACCUGAGCUUAUCCAUUUAGGACUAUAUGAUGCGGAGAAUAAGAAAGCAUCUAAUAAGAAAUAUUUUGUUUUCAACAAGAAAACAAGUCAAUUCGAUUCCGCAUUCCGGAUUGAGCCAUUCCAAUACUUGGUCAAUUACCAAGAGCCAUUAGAAGGCUGUUUGAACAAUACAAGUUUAAGCUUAGGUCUCUUCGAUGCAAGAUUGGAAAAGACUAAUCCUUCAUAA